AUGAGUCAAAGCUCAGGAAAAAAUCAGCAUGUUGCCGUUUUGGCAUUUCCAUUCGGCUGCCAUCCCUGGCCUUUACUCAACCUAGCUUCCAAAUUAGCAUCGGCCGCCCCUGACGUGCGGUUCUCCUUCCUCAACACUGCCAAAUCCAACCAAAAGCUCUCUGCCACCUCAGGAGCUCACCUCCCACACAACCUUAAAUCCUACGAUGUUGCGGAUGGCGUGCCGGAGGGACAUGUCCUCACCCCCGGGAAUCCCCUCGAGGAACUGGAGCUGUUCCUUGAGGCUGCUCCUGAGAGCUUCCGGAAAGGCAUGGAUAUGGCAGUGGCCGAGACUGGGCAGCAAAAGAUCACCUGCAUCUUGAACGAUGCUUUCUUGGCCUUUGGCUGCGAUAUGGCUGCCGACAUGCUUGUAAAGUGGGUCCCUUUAUACGUUCCCGCACCCUACGAUCUCUCUGCCCACAUUUACAGUGCUCUCAUCCAGGAGACUUAUGCUAAAGCUUGCGGUGGCGGUGAAGCUCAUGGUAAUGGCGGUGAAGCUCAUGGUAAUGGCGGUGCAGUGGGAGAACUAAACCCUAUUGACAAAACCCUAGAUGCCAUUCCAGGACUCUCCGUAAUGCGCUUCGGGGACUUACCCCAAGAAAUACUUCAAGGUAAUCACUCAAAUUCUUCAUCAAUUUUCGCACGCACACUGCGCAGAAUUGGGGAAGUCCUGCCACGAGCAAAUGCUGUUGUGAUGAACUCUUUCCAAGAACUAAACUCAACCAUACUCACCGAUGAUCUCAAGUCCAAGUUCCAAGACAUUCUGUACGUGGGAUUUCUCACAUUAAUAGUCCCAACUCCACCCCUACCACCAUCGCAUUCAGACGCCACAGGCUGCCUCCCAUGGUUGGACGAGCAAAAGCCAACAUCGGUAGCAUAUAUAAGCUUUGGAACAGUAGCGGCGGUGCCACCCCACGAGUUUGCAGCUUUAGCAGAGGCGCUGGAAGCGAGUUGCGUUCCUUUUCUUUGGUCUCUUAGGGAAAACUUCAAAGCAUUUCUGCCGAAUGGGUUCCUCGAGAGGACAAGGAAACAAGGAAAAAUAGUUCCCUGGGCACCCCAGGCUCAUGUCUUGUCACAUAAAGCAGUAGGCGUGUACAUUACACACUGUGGAUACAACUCUGUGUUUGAGAGCAUUGUCGGAGAGGUUCCGAUGAUCUGCCGGCCGAUCUUAGGCGACAAUAAGAUGAACGGACGGAUGGUAGAGGACGUGUGGGAGAUAGGGGUUAGGGUUGAGGGAGGGGUGUUUGCAAAGAAGGGAAUGGUCAAAAGCUUGGAGCUCGUUCUGGGACAUGAUCAACAUGGAAGGAGGAUGAGGGAGAAGAUCAGAGAUCUUAAAGAACUUGUAGUGAAAGCUGCCGGACCUGAUGGGAUUGCUUCCAAAGAUUUCAAAACUUUGCUUGAGUUAAUCUCUCAAUAA